AUGUAUGGAAGUCACAUAGGAAGGUUGAAUGUAUAUUUCAAGAGUUACAAGAGUUCUGAGAUUCUUUUGUGGAGACUACAUCAGGCGCAGUCCAAUAACUGGCAUCAUGGAGAAAUCCUCAUUCAAACCAACGACACCUUUCAGAUAAUAUUUGAAGGAAUUGUUGGGAAUGGAAAUGAAGGCAACUUGGCCAUCGAUAAUGUGAUGUUCACAACAAAUAGCAACUGUUCAAUCACACCUCAUGCCGCUAAUCCGUCACUGAUGCAAGGUUUCAGAUCUGAUAUCAUCGGCCACAUCCCAGCAUACCAAGCGCGCCUCGAGAGCUGGUUAACGUCUGUUAAUUUUCAUGGAAAGCUCUGGAAGCCUUGCUACAGCGCUGCCAAAGAUGGAUGGGACAGUAGUACUUUCCACGAGAAGUGCGAUGGAAAAGGAGCCACUUUGACAAUUGCCAGAUUUAACAACACCAUAUUUGGAGGAUUUACAGACCACAGCUGGGGAAGCUAUCCCGAAGGCUACCGUAUCAGCACACAAUCAUUUCUAUUUCGUUUCGACAAAAAGAUACGCCAACCAUUCGAGAACCAAGUUCUGGGAAUAAAACAGGUACAUAAAUUAAUUCAGUGGAGAAAGGACAGAGGACCCGUAUUUGGAGUGGAAGAGCUGGUCAUUACAUCGAACAUGAAACAAGCUACAACCAGUAACUUGACAAAUUACACUCAUCCAUCAGGUUCAGAUAAAAAUGGUUCAUCGACUGAAUACUUACUGGGGGAAAGAUUCGUUUCUCUUCACGCUGUAGAAGUUUUAGCCAUAGGAGAUACACUGUGUCAGAGUCAAUGUCCAUUGUACCAGUACUGCGAUGAAGUCAUGGGUUGGUGCAAGUGGGAUUCCGCUCUGAAAGAAGCUCGCUUUUGUGGUAUUGAUACCUGGACUUCCUACUGGCCUCUGGACAGUCACGUGAACAUGGUCAACCUAGGUGGGGACGAGUGGGGAACAUUUGAAGGUGCUGUGAGUACCACGCAAGGGGCCCGGCUAGGAGCUGUUCACACCGGUGGGGAGGGUGCGGUCAUAACACUGGGUGAAAUCAACGACAAAUGCUUCACUGAACCUUCGUCCUGUAAAAACAGCAACAAUUUUUCCGUAACCCUGUGGUUCAGACACAGGACAACCUACUUAAAUCAUAAUAAUACUGUACAACAAACAUUCCUGUCCAUUGGAGACAAUGAAAACAUAGUAUUUAAAAUAUUCCGGCUGGCCGAGCAGACAGAAGAACAUCUCGCUGUUGAAGUAGCUGUGUCGUCGAGAAAUUGUCGUUAUGUCUUCCCCGUUCCAAAGUUUUUAUGGUCUCAGUUCGCUUUCGUGUGGAACACCACGGAUUUGAAUAUUUACAGAGAUAAUGUUGAGGUGGAAAACUUUUUUGUCACAGAUUGUUUUGCAAUAACUGACUUUUCCCCUCAAAGGGCAGUAGUAAUCUUGCAAGGUGAUGCAACGUUUGACGAUUUGAGGAUUUGGAGCAGAACACUCGAAGCAAAAGAGAUCGAGGAAAUGUUCACAUGUGUAAGAGCUCCACCGUGGACGUGCAGUACAUCAGACUGGACUGAAAGCAUAAAAACACAUGGAUUGUCAAAUUGUUCAGAGCCCAACUUCCUGCUGAAUGGAUUAAUCAGAGGAGAGAACGGCGGCUUGGAAGAUUACAUUGAUCGACUGGAAGGUGCAAUGUGUUGCUCUGCGCCAUUGGAAUACAAAGACGACGACUUAAAAUGUCGUAAUUCUCUAUACAGCAACAGUUCUGGAAAUAAUUUACACUUCGACUGUUAUUAUGGCACCUUCCUCCGUGGAUUUUACCGCCAGGGAAGUUUACCUGCUACCUUCGAUGUCAUCACAAAAGGCCAAUGCUGCAAGCAUCGUAGCGGCCCAUCCUCUUAUCGUCACUGUUACUCUUUUGAAAUCAGUGACUUUAAUAGACCCGGCCUGACUAAGUGUGAAGAACAUUACUACAUGGCGGGUAUACGCGUAGGCGCCUGUAGACAGUUAUACUGCAUCAAUCGGAUUAGAUGCUGCAGAAUGAAAACAGAUGGACGAGAUGAUCGAAAUCUUGAGAUUAGUCUGAAAGUAAAUUUGUUGGAUGAAAAAUGGAAUGCCAAUCUAUUGAAUAGUUCGCACGACGAUUUUAAUGAACUGCAGGGAAAAAUAGAAAAUAAUAUCAAGGAUAUUUAUAGCAAGGCUAAUAAAAAGCACUAUUUAGAGGAAAUACCAACACCAACCUUUAAGUCUGGCAGUGUCAUAGCAAGUUUCAGCAUGAUUUUUAAUGUUCCUCAGUACGAUUUAAUCUCUCCGCUCCUGGAAGUUAUUAACAAAACAACAGGACCGAAAGAAGUGAAUAAACUUGGAAAUAUGGCAAUACAGCUCUUAGAAGUUAAUCCACUCAACGUUUACGGCAAAUCUUUAAAAGUGACUGUCACCUUGGCUAACAGCUCAACCUUUCAACUGCAGUGGCAAUUUGCUGAGGACGAUCCGAAGUAUGGGACAUUUCAAGGGUAUCAAGUCUUGUACAGAAAAAUCAGUGAAAUUACUGAUGAAUUCUUACUGAGCAAUGACAUUAAGGAGAAUGUUACUCAAGCUUGGUUCUCUGUCAAAGAAGAAUGCGAGUUAUUUGAAUUCAAGGUCCGUGCCUAUUCUUUGGAGGGAUAUGGAAAACUAAGUGAAGCAGUCAACGCGUCGACUCCUUGUAAAGCCGUUCAAAAUAUUACUGCGACCGCGAUUACAUAUUCAACUAUCCGUCUUGAUUGGAGCCCCGUCAAGGGAGGUCUUUUUACCUAUUAUAACGUGACGUAUUCGAUUACUGAGGCGAGUCUUACGUGGCACGAGGUGGUUGAGCGGAGUUACUCUUGGGUAGAUCUUGUAAAUCUUCGUGGAAUGACAAAUUACAGCAUGAAAGUUGGUUUGAUGUUAGAAGAUGGUUUCACUCUCUGGAGUGAGGCUGUAACGAGUGAAACUCCUGAAGGAGCUCCAAGCGCUCCACCUGAAAAUGUGAUGUCCUACAACCUCAGUGCAACUUCUAUUUACGUCACGUGGUCUCCGGUUCAAGAAGAGUUCUUGAAUGGCAUCCUUCGUGCUUACCAAGUGUUCUAUCGAAAGUCGUCAGAUACAAUAUCGUCCCCGAUGGAAAUAUUCUUAACAGUUUCGUCGCCAUCAGUAAACAUUUCAGAUUUAGCUAAAUUCACGGUGUAUUCUGUGUGGGUGAAGGCGGUUACCACAGCAGCCGGUCCCAGCUCUAUCGUUGUCAACGUUACCACUGGCGAGGACGUUCCCAGCUUACCUCCCUCCAAUUUAUCCGCGUUCCACCUGAGCUCCACUGUUAUCCGUGUUGUUUGGGAUCCCAUACCUACCGAACAUAUCAACGGCUUGUUGUUGGGUUAUCACGUGACUGCUCAAAAAGUUGGCAGAGUAAAGAGAAGUGUUACCAUCGAGACAUUGAAUGCAACAUCCAUGUCAGUAAACUUAACAGGACUAAGCAAAUUUUCUGAGUACAAAAUAUUGAUCAGCGGAUUCACUAGUAAGGGUGACGGGAUUGAAGCAGAGAUCACAAGCUGGACUGACGAAGAUACUCCAGACAGCCCACCAACAAAUCUUUCUGUACGGAACAACGGAAGCUUGACUUUGGAUGUCUACUGGAAUCCAGUUACCCACGAGGACCGCAAUGGAAUAAUUCUUGGCUACAAUGUUUUGUUAUUCGACGCCUUGGGCGUAUUUUUAAGAAACGCGACGGUUAUGAAUUCCACCCAGUUAUAUUACCAGUUCGAGGACCUUGAGGCAUGGACCAACUACUCGGUGAAAGUGAACGCGUUCACAUCUAAGGGGGCUGGGCCAGUUAGCUCCAGCAUUUUUGUACAGACAGGCGAGGACGUUCCUCUCGUCGCUCCAACUAACAUAACUGGGCAUAACACAAGCUCUACGUCUAUCUUCGUUGCCUGGCAACCAGUUUCCCCAGAAACAAAGAACCUCCGGGGCAUUCACCGUGGAUACAGAAUCUACUAUAUGCCACGUGAAACUUCCCGUCCGUCAGCGUUGAGUAACACAACUGUUGAUGUCUAUACCUCGGAAGCGGAACUGGUAAAUCUCUACAAAUAUACCCUAUACGACAUAUAUUUGACAGUGCGAACGAGAUGGGACGGACCAAAAAGUGGAACAGUCACUAUUUCUACCGAUGAAGGAAUUCCAGACAGCCCCCCCACAAAUGUCUCUGCACACGGUAACAUGAGCACAGUUGUGGACGUUUUCUGGAACCCAGUAAUUCAAGAGGAUCAGAAUGGCAUCAUUCUUGGCUACCAGGUCAUCUUGUUCAAUACUUGGGAUAAAUUCUUACAAAAUGUAACCAUCAUGAAUUCCAACCAGUUAUAUUACCAGUUCAAGGACCUAGAACCGUGGGUCAACCGCUCGGUCAAAGUGAGCGCGUUCACAUCAAAGGGGACUGGGCCAUAUAGUCCCGGGGUUAUCACAACGUUUAACGAAGAUGUCCCCCUCGUUGCUCCUGCAAAUGUUACUGGACACAACACAAGUUCUACCUCUAUCCUCGUCACUUGGACAGCAAUAUCUCCCAAGGACAAAAACAUUCGAGGUAUUCACCGAGGCUACAGUAUCUACUAUGUACCACGUAACACUUCACGAUCGUCAUUGGCAAAGAGUGCUGCGGUCGAUGUUAAUGCCACGCAUGUAUAUCUGUCAAAUCUCUACAAGUAUACUUGGUACGACAUAUAUGUGACAGUGCGAACGCGAUGGGACGGACCAGAGAGUGAGACAAUCACUGUUUCUACUGAUGAAGGGGUACCAGACCUCCCUCCGGCAGACGUAACGGCCAAGCUACUGGACAAGACGGAAAUCAGAGUACGCUGGGGUCUAGUCCCUUUGGGUUAUCGUUGUGGUAUCAUAACAGGAUAUAGGAUCUCUUACAACUCCAGUAACUCAAAUACCAGUUUUAUUGACGUCCCAAGUGACGCUUCAGACGUCAUUUUAACGUCACUUGCAAAAUUUACCUUCUAUUACGUGUACGUUCAAGCUCACACCAUAAAAGGAAAUGGCCCGGCUCAUUAUCUGAAGGUUGCCACUUAUAUGGGAGUUCCUAAUCUGGGCCCACCAGGACUUACAGCAGACAAUUGGAACACAACUCACACAGUCACAAUCAGAUGGCAGCCAUUGCCUCUAUCAGAUGAUUACGGAGUCCUUGCUGGGUUUCGAGUUCGGUAUCAAUUGGCGAAACUCGGAGACGUAUCUGUCUCAGAAAGUUCUCGGAAGGAGCUGGUAACUAGUCCGGGAACCAAUCAGGUUUUACUGGAAAAUCUGGAACUGUAUGGGACUUACAGUGUUUGGGUGUCUGCUUUUACUCUCGAUGGUCACGGACCCGCAAGUUUUACUUAUGCAGAAACAUGUCGUUGCAAUAAGCACCUCACAACAAACUGGCGCCAACUGCCACCCUACGUCAGUGAAAAAAAUGCGGACCUACCCCUUCCUGAUGGAAUUCUGGCUCCUGUCCUAAGUAAGAUGGCAGUUACGUGUUGUCAAACCUGCCAAAGUCACGGUGAGUCAUUCCUAGAAUUUAGUCUUGAUGGCGACAAGAGGAACGCUGAGAAACCCAGUGAUGCAGCUUUGAAGGAAGCGAUUUCAGAGAAAACUGAGUUUCAUUUUCCUAUCCCGGGAUCCAUGGAUCAAGAGAAGUUCGGCGCGGAGCAUGGGUACUGGCCGUUGGUCCAGACACCGGGCGUUGCUUAUAUCGUAAACACUGGUGACAGUUAUACGCCAUCAGAUGCACUAAAUGAUACUUUACUUGACUGCUGGGCUGCUUUGCUUGUGGUUUUUGUGACUUCUCUGCUGGCAGGAUUAAUAAUAUGGAUUUUGGAAAGCGUGGAAAAUCGAGAACAGUUUCCACGAUCUAUAACGCGUGGGCCUGGUGAGGGCUUUUGGUGGGCAUUUGUUACCAUGACAACAGUUGGCUAUGGCGAUAAGUACGCGGUCUCUCCUGUAGCCAGAAUAUUUACCGUUCUUUGGAUGUUAGUUGGCCUGGUUACUCAGAGUCUCUUCGUUGCCACAGUAACAACGUCGCUGGUUUCCAAGUCUCUAGAUACUGACUAUAAACUCUACGGAAACAAGGUUGCUGCAAUUCAAGACUCCUUUGAAUAUCGUUUUGGGUUGAGACGGAACGCUCAGGUUAAUCCUGAUAACCAGUACACGACUUAUGAAGAGAUUGUCGAGGCGUUGUUAGACGGUGAAGUGACAGGAGCCUUAAUUGAUGCAUACGUUCUUGGUAGCAGAAAGGAUUUGUUUGAAAAUCCCUCUCUUCGAGUCAUUAAAGUCUUUGACUAUUCCUCAGCGUACGGACUGGUGCUUAGCGGUGAAGCUAAAAAGCUCAGAACGUGCUUUGGAAAAUUUGCACAAAGCCACAAAAAAGAAAUUUUUGAAACUAUAGAGAGUCAUGUCGAGUCUGUGGAGGAAUCCUCGAUACCACUUGCAGUGGAAAGAACUACUGGGUUGUUUGAUAUCGAGGGUUCAAUGUUCCAAGCAGCUCUUAUUUUAUCGUCUGCUUUGUUGCUGGUGUUUGUUAUAGCAGGACUUUUGUGGGAGUUGGUAAAGAGAUUGAAAAUUCGACGAAUGGUUGCAACUGAUGGAGAUCGUUUGAAGUUAUUGACACAGAAUACAAAAAGCGAAAUGAGUGGCACUGUGAAAGAUUUUAUAACGGGAAUAGAAGCUUUAACAGAAGAACUGAAAUCUAAACACUCGAAACAGAGAAGAAAUCUUGUAAAGACACUGAAGUCAAAGCAACAGAAGGGCGUAUCUUAUAAUCUUAACGGGCGUUUUGCAGGAGAAUCUAAGAGCUAACUAAUAAUAAGUUGUGGCAGAAAUAGAGCGCGUCAUUCUCUUUGCAAUCAUGCAGCCCUGAGUGAACACUCACAAAAAGUUGGACAUCAGAAAUAAAUAAAUAAGUUAAUAAUUAAAUAGAUAGAUAGAUGGAUAGAUGAAACAGCCGUAAACGUGCGUAAAUACCAAAAUACGCUUUCCAUAAUUUUCCUCUAUCUUCUCCGCCCUGUUCCU